AUGUAUGAAUUUACUGAUUGCAACGUCCUUUACACGUUUUAUCGAAACACAAUUAACACCACGAUUUAUUGUCAUUAUGAAACGAUUUCUUAAAAUAUUUUCCAGGUCAAGGGGAACGUGUUCGCAGUUUAUAACAUGGGCACUAACGAUCAUCCUAUCGGCGAGAUUGGCGUGAAAGUGAACGAUAAUCAAUACCACGUGGUGAGAUUCACGAGGACAGGACCGAACAGCACAUUACAAGUCGACGAUUACAAUCUGCAGUCGAACUAUCCAUCCGAUUGGAAUGCGGCUUGAGUGACACGCUUAUCCACCUUCGAGCGUGCACCUGCCGUUAUUUACGUCGACACCUGUUCUGCUGUCAUCGUCGCGUCAGGAAAUCAUUCAGAAAGUACGACCGGCACGUGCGCGCCUCGUGACGACGUUUAGCCGCGCGCGUUCGGGCCGAAGCUUCCCGGCUAACCAGCUGUAUUUUUAUGCUGCGCUGAUAGACUCACUAUGCUUGGACGACAAGUGCCAGACGGGAUUGGCAGUGGAACAAGUCGCGGAACUCUCGAGCCACGUCAGAUGCGUUUAUAUAAAAUAAAUUCAACUGUAAUCUUUUAAAGCAUUGUACGUCAAGUGAAACUAAUUAAUAUCAAUGAAUAAAAGCUAUACAGUCAAGCUAGAUGAAUCUAUCAAUGAAUAAAUACGUUUGUAUCUAAUCAAGCUUACGAUAACUGACGAAACCGAUGAUAACGACCAGAGUUGUGAC